UGUUCAGACCUAAUAGUGAGUAAAGUUAAGGUUUCAGAGCCUGUAGUUAACUCUCCUAUAGGCUCUGUUAGUCUGAAGUUACCAGUGCUGACCAACCAAUCGAUUCAGGUUUAAAUGACCUCCUGGUCGACUGUGGGCUUAAGUCAUUAUGAGAUUCUUGCAGUGUGAUAACUGAGAAAAUUGCAGUAUUUAUGAAAAAAAAAUUGAAAGUGAGAAGUAGCUGACAUUACCUAACUGCUUUGAAAAUGAAAAAGCUAAGUCUUGUGAUAGAUUGUCAGGUGCAGGAGGUCCAGCAGAACAAGGAGAGGACCCUGGCCAAUAACCGAACCCUGGCUGAACAGAACCUGACCCUGCAACCUCAGCUGGAGCACAAGAAGGAGCAGCUCACCAAGAGCUACAGUUGCCUUCAGGAGAGCUUUGAGUCCUAUCAGCUCCGCAAGUCCAAGCUAGACCACAAGUCAGGAGCCACCUCCCUGGACAUUCUGCUGGCCCUGCUGCAGGCAGAGGGAGCCAAAAUAGAAGAAGAGACAGAGAACAUGGCUGACUCUUUCCUGGACGGCGACAUGACCCUGGACGCCUUUGUCGAUUCCUACCACAACAAAAGGAAGCUGGCCCACCUGAGACGAGUGAAGAUUGAGAAGCUGCAGGAGAUGGUGCAGAAGGGCCAGCACCUCCUGCCACAGGCUGCUGCCGUGCCCUCCUCCCGACCUCAGGACGUGCCCGCUGUGUCGUCCCUCCUCGCCGACGGCAACAGCAGCAACUCCUCUCCGGUUGCCCAGCCCAGAAGGAAACCUCCGGCCCCUCCAUCCCAGCCCCCCCCUGUUCUAAGCCCAACUCCAACCGCUACUCCCCAGUCUCCUUUCUUCUGCCCGCCGUCGCAGUACCCGCCCAUCCCUCCCAGAACAGGGCAGCCCUUCCCCAGCGUCUCUACCGGAUACCCCAGCCCCUACAUCUCUCAGUAUCCUCCUGCUCUGCCUCAGAGGCCCCCGCCUCGCUUGGCCCCGCAGCCUGGGUUCAUCAUUCAAUAAGCUCAAAUUAAAAAGGAAAAAAACAACAACA